UGGCUCAUGGAGACAAAUGGGCGGGCUGAUAGGUUGACAGGGAUGACCGAUGUAAAUAGAUCUGCUAAUGUAAAAAAAUCACAUCGCUGUUAUCAAAGUGAAUCAAAUAGUUCGCAAAAAACGACUUCUUUGUUGUGGUAAUUAUACUCGCUGCUUGUCUGACAAACGUGUAUUUUGUGCUCCAGCAAUGACACUGUCAACGUUAGCUUGCUAGCAGCGUUUAACCAGUUUAUUGGCGACAGACCGCAGUUUAGCAGCUCUCAACAGCUAGCAUGUUAAAUGUGUAAUAAUGUAGUUUAUUUUCGGUACUAAGUUUUUGGUGUGACCUAACUGUAACCACCAUUGUUUGAUAACCUGCCCUCCUCCUCCGCCUCUUCCUGUUUGUAUUUUCCGGGUACUUAGUACGCAGUGAUAAUGCUCUGAAGCGAAAGUAGCCUUUAUCAUGCCAGUCCUAGCCAGCGAAGGGUGAUGAAGCCUGAACAACAGUGUAGUGUGAUGGCCGACAAUGGACAGCUAAGUCUCAUGAGCCGAUCGGCUGACUCUUCAGCUCGUCUUGGCCGACGUACGUACCGAUGUUCGUCCCAUUUCCAGAGCCUACUGGACAGCCUGCUGGCGCUCCGACAAGCUGGCAUCCUUUUUGACGUGGUGCUGCUGGUAGAGGGGCGAGCACUCCAUGGCCACCGUGUGCUUCUCGCCGCCUCUUGUGAUUACUUCAGGGGGAUGUUCACUGGAGGCCUGCGGGAGACACAACAAAAGGAGAUCCCAAUUCAUGGCGUGUCUUAUUUGGGCAUGAAAAAAUUACUGGACUAUGUCUACACGUCAAAGAUUGAAUUGGACCUAGAUUGCGUUCAGGAAGUCCUGAUGGCUGCCACAUUGGUGCAGCUUGAGAAUGUCAUUGGAUUCUGUUGUGAGUUCCUCUCCUCCUGGGUGGAUGAGAGCAACAUUUUACAGAUGCAUCACCUCGCUGAUGUGUACGGACUACAGCAGCUCAAAGCUGCGGUGCAUUCCCACAUCUUGAAGAACCUCCAGGCUCUGUCCCUUACUGAUGUUUACCGACAGCUCCCCCAAGAGGAAAUAUUCCAGGUCCUGAGCAGUGAUGAGCUUGAGGUGAAAAGUGAGAAUGAAGUGUAUGAGGCGGCGCUUCACUACCAUUACAGUCCUGAGCAGGUGGAGACUGACCAGGUGUACUUGAAGGUGAGUCAGGACAGUCUCAAGAUGCUUGAUGCUGUGCGUUUCUGCUUGAUGGAGAAACAAGUAUUGCAGAAGUUGCACAGUAGACUGGAGCAGUGUCCUCUAAAAGAGACUGUGUCCGCCGCCCUGCAGUACCACAAACAAGAGAUGUGGCAGCCCGCCCUGCAGAGUCCUCUCACCCAGCCUCGCUCCACCUUCGAUUGCAUCUUGGGCUUCGGCGGGAUGUUCCGCCAACCUUCUUAUUUGGACAAUGAGCACAUGUUCCAGGUGUUCCACCCAAGGUGGAAGGAGUGGAAGAUUCUGAAAGCAGUGAACUGCCCCAGGAUGUCCAACCAGGGGAUUGCCGUGCUUAAUAACUUUGUCUAUCUUAUUGGUGGAGACAGGAACAACAGUGGAUUUCGUGCAGAGACUUGCUGCUGGAGGUACGACCCUCGUCACAACACUUGGUGCUCCAUCCAGCCUUUGCAUUACCAGCAUGCCGAUCAUUGCGUGUGCGUGGUGGGUGGCCAUAUUUACGCCAUAGGAGGUCGAGACUACAGCAAUGAGUUGUGCACAGUGGAGCGCUACGACAUACACACUAACAAAUGGGAAUUGGUGUCCCCCCUCACCAGAAAGGUUUUUGCCCACGCUGGAGCUGUGCUAGAUGGCAAAAUUUAUAUCACAUGUGGACGUAGAGGGAGGGCGUACCUGCAAGAGACCCACUGUUUUGACCCAACAGCCAACCAGUGGACAGCAUGUGCAGAUGGCCCAGUUGGUCGAGCGUGGCAUGGCAUGGCUGCUGUGAAUGGACGCCUUUAUGUCAUUGGAGGAAGCAAUGACGAGCAUGGUUACCGGCGAGAUGUGCUGAAGAUGGCUUGCUUUGUGCCCUCAGACAACUCCUGGUCUUUACUGAGCCCACUCCCCGCUGGACAUGGGGAACCCGGCAUAGCAGUACUGGACAGUCGCAUCUACAUACUGGGAGGACGCUCUCAUGACAGAGGCGUCCGAAUGAAAUAUGUUCACGUGUUCAACACUGAUACGGAUCAUUGGGAGAGUGACACGCCAUUGUUGGAGUGUGUCUCGGGCCUGGCAGCCUGCAUCGUCCGCAUGCCUCCAACUGUGAUGGCACUUGCCGGGAGCUGGGAGCAAUACCUCAAGAUAUCGUCGGACGAUACAGACUUUUAUAGCUCAGAGCGGAGUUCAGAUAGAUAUAGCACAGAUGAAGACUUCUAAGUAUCAAAGUGACGUAAUGAGCAUUGUAGACAAGGAUGUAAAUAUUCCAGCAUUUUGUCUUUGCUUACUAACAUCUUUAGAAAACACAACAAGAUUGUUGCGUGUUUGAGACGAAAUGGAGAACACUGCUUGGCUGCAACCUGCAGAGGAACUGCUGAUUCAGUUUCAAGUAGUAUGUAGCUCGAAGAAGAGCAUGAUGUCAGCUAUGGGAAGUGAUAACGCAGCCCUCUCAUCUCUUCACUCCCCAAACCAAUGUACAUACCGGACUGUGCUGGUGGUUUACCUUUAUACCCCUAUUGCAUAAUGGCAUCAAUACUUAUAUAAUACAGUAUAUAACCAUAUGAGAAGAUGAAAAUUUGGUCAGCUACCUAAAAUAGGAGAAAAAUAUGUGGUGACAUUUGCAUUAGCUUGUCAAUUUAUUUUAAUGAAAUACAGAAUUGGAUACUGUUUUUAUUUUGAAAUGAGCACUUAACACAGAAUACUUGCAGUGCUGAGUGUGCCUUUAUGCUGUUGAAAAAGCAGCGACGUCUGCUGACUAUGCAGUAGGUAGAAACAUCCAGUCACAUUAAACACUGACAAUAAUAGGAUCCUACUACCGUAAUUUCCGGACUGUAGAGUGCACCGGUAUAUUAGCCACACCCACUAAAUUUAAAGAGGAAAAAAAGAUUUGUACAUAUACAGGCCACACCUGUCUAUUAGCCGCACAUGUCCACGUUAUAACAUGGGAUAUUUACUACACACACAAAAGAUUUUUUAAACUUUUGAUUAAAUAAACGUUUUUUUCCCCAAACAGUGCUUUGUAACAUGUCUAAUUAAACAGUAGCCUACCAGAAAAGUCAUUCAUCGCCAUCCUUCUCUUCCUGAGAACUAAAACCACUAAAGUCAUCUUCUUCAGCAUCACAAUUGAACAGCCUCAUAAUUCCUUCAUCACACACUUUGUCAGUCUCUCUCUCUCUUGUGUUGUCGCUCUUGUUGUUGCUUUUGUCUCGAGGCAAAUCAGACAUUUAGCUUGAGCUAUCCUCUUCAUCACACAGUAGUCCAGUUUUUCGAAACCCAUUGGUGAUAGUGGACAGUUGUCGGUCCAAGCAGUCCAAACAGUAGCUGUAGUAGUCCUACACUUGAUCAAACUUACUCAAGAUGUGUUAGAAAUCAUUGCAUAAGACUUCAAAAAGUGAUAUUAGCUUCCACUUCACUCGUCCACGUUCUAUUUCUUGAAGCUGCACUCCAAACAUCAUGGGUUCAAAGCGUGAGAAAAAAGUAACGGCUUACACACAAUCACGGUAAAUGUGUUGUGGGCUUGUUUGUUGCUGUUCACCCCAAAGUAGUGGUCACAUGCACUGUGCGCAUCUUGACGAUGUUUUUUUCUUUCCCUGGUUCAUGCCUGUAGUACUCGAGGUACAUACGUACACUGAAGGCAUCAUCAACAGGGUGCCUUGUUGUCCUGCACUUGUGAAACUUUAUAUGUCUUAUGUGUUUAAUUUUAUAUAGAUAAGAGCUUUAGGUCAUUGUGCCUCUCAUAUCACACUGAAAUAUUGUUAAGCCGAUGUGUCAGUGUAUGUAAAUCAAGAGUUUGAAUAACAAUAUUUAUUUGUGUGAUCAAAGCAAACCACUGCUGUGGCUUUUGUAUUCCUUCGCUCAGUUUUGGAUGGCUUUUCCUCUGCACAUAACCCAAAGAGCAUGAUGAAGAGUAUUUUCAGUUAUUUAAGUAUGCGGAUAAGUUGCUAAAUAGUUCUUUGUAUCCUCUGUUUUUGAAAACCUCAACUGACAUAUGAUUUAAUAUGCUUUUCUCCAUCACCCAAGAUAUGGAAAUGUAUUCCUGUUGAAAAGAAUAAACACAUUAACAUACCACAAAGGUCUUUUUUUAAUGGUUCGUUUAUACUCGCUGGGAUUUGUUCUAUAAUAAAUACGUUAACCAGACUGAGAUUAGAUGAUUUCUUGCAAAAAUAUGUAUUUCAGAACUGGCUGCUUGUUGAGGAAAAAAACGUGCUUUCAUGUUAGUUUACAAAAGUGUCCAAUAUUUUUAGUUGCUUUUUUGAAAAACAGA